AUGGAAUGUCAGCCGAGCGAUAGUAAAAAAGUAUUUAAAGUGUUCGAUGCAUCAAAACGUAAGCGUACCAGAAAGAAACGUGAAGGAGACGAUAGUAAUUCUAUGGCUACCGACGACUCCACUGGCGGUUGUCAAGGGAACGGGCGUCGGAUGAUAUCGGCAAAGGCAAGUCUUCAAGACAUUCCGAAUGCUCAAUGUAUCGACGGGGAUCAUGAACAAAAUCUUAUUAAGAGAGAUAGCAGUCCUUCAAUAUCUCGUUCACCCGACGACGUACACCGACCUCGUUCACCGCGCCGACACCGUCGACUAGCGCGAGAUGGAAUAUCUCUGGCUCUAAAAGCUGGUCUUGUAUCAACGCCACGGUCUAUUUCGCCUAACUUGCCGGUCGCUGAUGACCAAAUUUCAUCUGUUCCGAAGGACCAAGAUUCAUUUAUUUAUGCAUUUUUGGAAGAAGCCAUAAAAAGAGAUAAGAAAAAACAUCGUCAUAGCCGACGCCAUGAUGAUCGCAAGAGUCGCGAUCGUGAUGUUUCCAUUUCGAGAGAGCGCCGACACCACCAUCGGAGACUUCGAGACGAUAUUAGGGAACGUGAAAAACUAACUAAAGAAGAAACUCCUGGACUUGAACAAGCAGCACUUUUCGAAACAUUUGCAAAGCUUUGUGCCCAGAUGAAUGAGAAAACUGCACACUAUGCCCCCAUUAACCAAGUUCCUCGUUCGCAAAGUCAUAAAUCACUGCAGUGUGAAGUUGCAUCGCGUCGAGAUUUGCUCGAUGAAACACAACGAACAGUACGACAUAGCAGUCGUGACUAUUCCAGAGAAAAUUUGUCCCCAUCGAGAAUUCGAAGCCAUGAACAUUUUCAUAGUAGAAACCGAAGUCAAGAAAAUACAACUAUUCCGAUAAACAGCAGAAAGGAAAAAUGCGUUUGUUGCGAUCCAUAUGAAAAACAACCAGCCAGGUAUUCCAGCAAAGUUAACGUUGAAACAAAACAUUACGAAGACGAAAGAUACAGAAGUUACCCGCCAGUAAUUUCUCCAACUAAAAGUUGUAUUAACGGAAAAUAUAGAUCUAACGUGCCAGAACAAAGAGACAACAGAGCAUUCGAUGAACGAAUAAAUAGAAAAUAUGACGACAGACGUCGACCAUGCGAGCAAAAAGCUAGUAGAAGUUUCGAUAUGCAACGAGAGAGGUACAUUGACGAUAGAGGAUAUAGAAGAACAGCCAGAAGUGAUGGAAUUAAGGACAUUCCUUACGACGACCGAGAUUAUACAGAGCGAAGAUAUGAAGCAAGUAAAGGCAGAGAAAAAUACUAUGAUAAAGACAUUCCAGAAAGAAAAUUUUCAACAUUACCGAGUAAAGAACGAAGAUCGAGAAGAAAUUUGGAAAAAUUUGAACGUGUCUCAGUAGCAUCGAGAGAUGAUGACUAUAGGGACAGAUACUCAGAGAGAGAAAGAGAUUCAGGACUGAGCGUAGCAGACGGUGAGACCAGUACGAUGAGUGGAAAAAGUAAUUACUUGCGAGUUGUUAAGCAAGAGAUAUCAGAGCAGCGUGAGGCGAUGGACAAAAUGAUGAAAUUAUGGAAGGAGUUGAUGCGGUGCUUCAAAGGUGUUUCACAAACACAAAGUCCGAAUAAAGUUGAUGAAUCUGCGGCUAAUGUACGCGAAUCUGCCGUCGAACAGCUGCGUCUGUGGCGGGAGUGCAUGCGGCGCUACGAGACGGUCGCUCGCGACGUCGGCGACACCGACGCGAGGCUCAUGGAGGAAAUAAACAAGCAAAGAUCAGAAAUGUCAGAAAUGGCUAACAUGUGGCAGGAGUGCCUGCAGCGAUACCGCGACAUGAGCAAUGACUUCAACAACCUCAAGCAACAGCUGGCAACAUCCGAAAGCCCUACCCGUGCCGCAGCUCCCCCACUGGUGUGCGUGGAGGGCGAGGGUCCAUCGGCAGUGCCCUACCGACUGCCACCCACUUAUCCUCCCAUGCCUCCAAUACCCCCCGGCUACGUCGGUUCGCCCUUGAAGUCACGAGUGUCCGCUCCACCGGCGUGGUGGUGGGCGGGAGACCACGCGCCUUCCCCCCGGCGGAGAUCCUCUCCCGACUCGCAUACGUCCAAGGAGCGCCGGCACCGACACAAGGACAGGGACCGAGAUGAUACAAGGUACAAAGAGAAGUCUAAGGCAGGCGGCGCUCGCUCCGAGCAUAGACACAGAAAACGAUGACAAAAAUUCAAUGAUAUUAUUAUUUUAAGUAAAGUGUUGCUGUACUUUAGUUUGUAUUAAAUAUUCAAGUGAUAUUAAAA